AUGCAAAAAUUGCGACCAGUACUGAAACACUAAAUGGAUUCUAUUUUUGGUUAAAAGCUUAAAUAAUUAAUGCUAAACCUCCUAUAAAGAAUAAAUUAAUUAAUAUUGAAAAGUUCAAAGUAAUUAAUGUCGUAACGAAAAACAACUUUCUCCUAAUACUCUAACAAUGUCUUGAAGCUAGACAUGGAAUAAGAUAAUUAAUCUGCAAAAACUUUAAAGAAAUCAAAUUAUACUACAACUACAGACUAUAACUCUCCUUAAGGUAAUCUAGACAGUCUUGACAACUUACUAGAGCAACAAUCUUCUAAAAGAUCACGUUUCUUUUUUGGUCAAAAAAUUAAUAGCGAAGAGAAUGCUCGUUAUAUAAAGACAGAAAGUGACGUAUAAUAGAAGGAAAUAAAAGAAGUUCGUCCAUUUCGAUUUCGAAAAAGGGAAGUACAACCGAAAAUAGAUUUAAAUGACAAAAAUGAUGUGGAAGAAUUUUUCACUGGAGUGGAAAUACCAAGAAUAAGCUAAUCAGCUUAAAAAUAAAAAUAAUAUAAAUUAGUGACAUUCACUGAUUAUGUGGAAAACUUAUAUGGAAAAGAUUGGUUUGAAUAAAGAGAGAGGAAAUUUAGGAGAUAAAUUACAGUUCAAGACUUCUUUGAUGGCCCUUGUUGA